CCAAUCGCGCGACGGACGCUCGUCGUAUACCUCACCGCUUCAGUAGCUCGCAAAUAUAAGUUAUCAUAAGUAAAAUUAUAAAACAGGUGUAUCAUUAAAGAAAGGAUAUUUUGUGAAACGAGUCUAUACUUGUUACAUUGCACCAUCACUUAAACAAAAAGUUAAAACGAAAAACUUGUUCAGACUUGUGCUAAGGCACACGACAAAGUACGUAAUAUUCCUGAUAAGCAUUUGGCAUGAGUCGCACAUGUGAGUAGGGACAUACCAGACUAUUCGAUAAUAGGAGCGCAAACUAAAGGGAUCUAUCACUCUGAUUUCUUGCUGAGCUCGGAUGUUAAAACUAUAUCACGAAGGAAUUGACUGUUUAAUGUGUAUAUCCAAACAUAGAAUGGACUUAAUCUUUUUAUAAGAGUUUUUUUUUAUUUUAAAAAACAGGAUAACUGAUAAAACUGGAAAUAUGCUUUCAGAAAAACCUAGAGGUGGUCUUUCAGAAACAAGAAAGAUGACGAAGUCAACGAUGGAGAAGAAGAGGAGAGCUCGUAUCAACAGUAGCCUGACGGAGCUAAAGGCUAUUCUGUCUGGAAUGUUACCAAAUAAGGGAGAGCGAUUUGACAAAAUGGAAAAAGCAGAUAUUCUAGAAAUGACUGUGAAAUGUGUUAGACAACUUCAAAAGCAACAGACAAAUACAGGUGAUUCAGUCCGGUCAUCAAGCUGUCAGGUAGAUGAAGACUACAGAAGUGGGAUGCAUACCUGUAUGAGUGAAGUAAUCAAGUUCAUUAGCUCUAGCCAAUUCUCUGACGCAGAUCCUGAAGUAAAAACUAAACUACUCAAUCACCUUGCGAAUAAACUCAACUCUGGCACAGCACAGAAAACAAAUAUGAACCAUGAGGCCCCGUAUGCAUAUAACACAGACACGAGCCCGGGGAAAAACAUUCACAUGUCAAACUUGUCAAUGAUGGAUACGGAUAGUUUAUCGAUUUCAGACUUAUCUAAUGAUUCGAAUAAUAACUUUCAAACAAUGAACGUCAAUUCCUCUGAGAUUUUGACAAAACCUUAUGAACAAAAAUCCAAAUCUCCGACGCCGAUGGUUCAUUCACCUGUGCUAACGUCCUUUAAACCUAUUCAACCUGUGCAAGACAAUGUUCAGCAACAAGGAAACGUUCCAACAGUUCCUCUUACAAUUUUAGUUCCAGCCAAUUUUUGUUCGGCUACAUUAGGCACAACUUGUGUCAUACCAUUUAACUUACCAACUGCAAGCCCCCAACAGUUUUGUCAAGGGAACAUCAUUCAAACCGUUCCACAAUCACCCCAGACUAGUUUUGCAGUUACCUCUAACUCAAGUAUCUCGUUUAUUCAAGCUCCGAGCUUUAUACAAAGUGCACAUCCGCAGACUAAAGUAGUGGAACAUUCAAAUAUAAGCCCUCAGAACAAAGUGUACACAUUUAACCCUACUGUUGUAUCGGAAUGUAACCGUUCAUCAACUCACACUCACGCAGCAUCUGAAAGACCAAAAUCAGCUGCCACAGUUUCGUUCACUGCGGCACUUAAUUCACCCGAACGAUCUGCUACAGUGCCCUCUACCACGACACUUAUUUCACCAGAACGUUCUGGUACAGGACUGUUUACUACAACACUCAUUUCACCAGAACGUUCUGCUACAGGACUGUUUACUACAACACCCAAUUCACCAGAACGAUCUACGAUACAACACGCCACGUUUACCACCGAACACACAUUCACCAGAACGGUAUGCUACAGGACUGUUUACGACACUCAAUUCCCCAGAACGAUCUAG